AGCGACGGCAGACCUCUCUGUAAACAGGCUGUCAGAAAAGAAAGUGCAGGGACGUUUUCAUCCGCUACAGCCAAAGGAGAGCGUUGCGUACAACACUGAAGGAUAAUCACGAGAGGGAGAGAGAGAGAGAGAGAGAGAGCGAGAGUGAGAGAAGGUUUAAUUAAUUCAUGCAGGAGGGGAGGGAUGUUUCUGCCGCUGACUGAGCUGGUUCCAGCACUGCCUGUAGCAUUUUGCUUGUGAGCCCAUCUAUACUGUGACCGUGACAGCACUCAGAUCAGCCAGGAUCUAACGGACACCAUCACCUGAACAAUCGGAGACUGAAAAUUUCAACUUCGGUGGAAAGGUCAUCGGUUGCUCCGUGUGCACCUGUCACCUCCCCACCGCUACUCCAGUCCCAGCCCCUACCGGUGGCACGGCACGCCUCACCUUCACACUGCCCUCGUCCUUGUGUCCCUCCUUUGUUUUGCAACUCCACGUCGGGGACGCCAAUUCACCAUCUGUUACUAAGAAAAGGCAACACGAUCAUGCCAGAUCGUGCCAUCUCCUUCUCAUACCUCACCUGAGGACGAUCAGCGUGGUUCCCCCGGCUCUUCACGAGCACUCUGACCGGCGAGAUGGGAGACUGGGUGUGUCUGAGCCCAGCCGAAUUCUCCCAGCUGCAGCAGUACAGUGAGUAUUCCUCAAAGAAGCUUAAAGACGUCCUGGAAGAGUUUCAUGGAAAUGGUGUCCUCUCCAAGUAUAACCCUGAACAGAAGCAAGAUGUUCUCAACCAACCCAUCGACUAUGAGGGCUUCCAGCUAUUCAUGACGACCUAUCUGGAGAAUGACAUCCCUGAGGAACUUUGCAAACACCUCUUCACUUCCUUCAAGAGCAAGAAUGGAGGAGGCAGCUCCCCUGACACCUCUCGAUCUGGAGCAGGCAUGCUGGGUAUGAAUGGGAAGAGUAUUUUGAGCGCUAUGAGCCGACAUGCACCAGAGAACUCUGCAGGGAUCACUCCAGGCUCAGGGGCCACCACAUCGCCCUGCUCGUCCCGCUCCUCGUCACAACGCUCAGGCACAGGGGGCCACACACCCAGAGGCCCCCACCGCUCACCCGGCACGCAGCCCAAUCCCCCAGCGAGCAGCAGCAGCAGCAAUGCUUUGGCUCUCUCCAAGACUACCAACUCCCCGCGCCUCUCUCCAGAGCGUAACCAAUCAGAAAACCGUACAUCUCUCCGGAGAAGUCCUUCUCCACAAAAAGGAUCUCCUUCACCCCAAGUGGUCUUCCUUAAAGACAUUGUGUGCUACUUGUCCCUCCUGGAGAGAGGGACGCCAGAGGAUAAGCUUGAGUUCAUGUUCAGGCUGUACGACACAGAUGGCAAUGGUCUGCUGGACAGUUCGGAGCUUGACCGCAUCAUAAACCAGAUGGUCCAUGUAGCUGAGUAUCUAGAAUGGGACUCUACAGAACUACGACCAAUUCUGAAAGAGAUGAUGGAGGAGAUUGAUUAUGACCGGGAUGGAACGGUCACACUAGAGGAAUGGAUCAGAGGAGGAAUGACCACCAUACCACUCCUGGUCCUGCUGGGAAUGGAGACGAAUGUACAGGAGGAUGGGCAGCAUGUAUGGAGACUGAAGCAUUUUAACAAGCCAGCAUACUGUAAUUACUGCCACACUAUGUUGUUAGGAGUAAGAAAACAGGGCCUUUGCUGCUCACUAUGCAAGUACACAGUCCAUGAGCGCUGUGUGUCCAAAGACAUUGCUCCUUGCAUUAGCACCUACGCCAAGUCCCGCAGACACACCAAUGCUAUGCAGCAUGUUUGGAUGGAGGGCAACUCCCUAACAAAAUGUGACAAAUGUCACCGCAGUAUCAAGUGCUAUCAAGGUCUAACAGGCCUUCACUGUGUUUGGUGUCAAAUCACUCUUCAUAACAAGUGUGCGUCUAAUGUGAAGCCUGAAUGUGACGGUGGGCCAUUAAGAGAUCACACACUCCUGCCGUCGUACAUCUGCCCUGUUGUUUUGGACCGUCAUUCCGCCGCCAAAAGAGGUGAAGGAGAAUCAUCGCCCAGUACCAGCCCUGAGGACACCGGCCAGUGUUUCAAGUUCACCGGUGACGGUCAGGCACUGCAGAUCACCCCUCUGCCUGGGACGCACCCCCUCCUCGUGCUGGUUAAUCCCAAAAGUGGCGGUCGGCAGGGAGAGAGGGUGCUGCGGAAAUUCCAGUACCUGCUUAACCCCAGACAGGUGUACAGUCUGGAUCGAGGAGGACCCAUGGCGGGGCUCAACUUUUUUCGAGAUGUGCCCAAUUUCCGCGUUCUGGCUUGUGGAGGGGAUGGAUCAGUGGGGUGGAUUUUGGACUGCAUUGAUAAAGCCAAUUUCGCUCGGCAUCCGCCUGUUGCGAUCCUGCCUCUGGGUACCGGGAACGACCUCGCUCGCUGUCUGCGCUGGGGUGGAGGCUACGAAGGGGGCAGUCUGGUCAAGUUCCUCAGGGAUAUCGAGCACAGCACCGAAGUGAUGCUUGACCGCUGGAACAUCGACAUUGUCCCUGACGAUAAGGAAGAGAAGGGCGACCCUGUACCCUACAGCAUAGUGAACAACUACUUCUCCAUUGGAGUGGACGCAUCCAUAGCACACCGCUUCCACUUGAUGAGGGAGAAGCAUCCAGAGAAGUUUAACAGCAGGAUGAAAAACAAGUUGUGGUACUUUGAAUUUGGCACCACAGAGACCAUCUCAGCCACUUGUAAAAAGCUGAACGAGUCCAUUGAGGUGGAGUGUGAUGGCAUCAUUUUGGAUCUCAGCAGCACGUCUCUGGAGGGUAUCGCUGUGCUCAAUAUUCCCAGCAUGCACGGGGGCUCGAACCUGUGGGGCGAGACCAAGAAAAGACGGAAUUACAAUCGCAUGAGUAAGAAAGUGCCAGAGAGAAUGACUGGCACUACUGUCACCGACGCCAAGGAGCUCAAGUUUUGUGUGCAAGAUCUAAGUGAUCAGCUUCUGGAGGUGGUGGGUCUGGAGGGAGCCAUCGAGAUGGGUCAGAUCUACACAGGUCUCAAGAGCGCUGGGCGGCGCUUGGCACAGUGUUCCAGUGUCACCAUCAGGACGUCCCGUCUGCUGCCCAUGCAGAUUGAUGGAGAACCGUGGAUGCAGCCUCCAUGCACGAUACGGAUUACGCAUAAGAACCAGGUGCCCAUGCUGCUGGGACCACCACAGAAAACGUUCUUCUUCUUCAAGAAGCGCAACAGAAGUCGGGACUAGAUGUGGGGCUCCAAAAACCAUCCACUCUUCUACAAUCAUACACUCAAGCAUCUCCACCUUCCUCAGCUAUAUUUCUUUAUCUUUGGGAGGUGGGACCCAAAGAGAAGAGACCUUUCAAACACUUUUGAGGCAAAUCAAUACAAACACAACACUGUAAUGGAUCUCUAAUGGACUCCACCUCCCAACACAGUCUGGUGUUCACAGGCUGAACCCGUUGAACAGACCCUCUCUGAGUGUCAUGACCACUUCCUGUGUCUUAUCAUCCAGAUCGUCUUAUCACAGGCUUCUGACCUGUAAGCUAUGACUCAAUUUCACCAACCCCCCCACCAGUAGGCCACUGCCUUGGGAUCACACGGUGUGCCCUCUUCCUCCUUUUAAGACGGCUCAUCAGAAGAUACUGCCAAUUUCAAAGAGGGACAGAGAGGACCAGAAAAGCAGGAGACUCGCCCAGCAAAAGGAGACAAAGUGUGUUCAAGUGAAAAGAGAAGCAGAGCGAGAGACACCCUGGCAUGAUAAUGUUCUUCGCAUGAGAGUUGAUGGUGCACAUAUGGACGUCACUGGGCCCUAGAAGGACCAGGGAACAAACUUUCCUCCUAAAGGAGUUUACUGAAUUAUACAUCAGUGCAUGCAAAGCACUCUUUCCAGUGCCUCUCCAAGGCCCUGAGACAUGCCAUCGCUAAAGAGAUGAAACAGCAUACUCAUCCAUUAUGAAGAUGUUUAUGGGGGUUUGCUGAUAGGGAUAGGUUAGCCUGGCCUCAAAGAGAUGAAACAUUUUAGCUUCUGGUGUUUGCUCGGGGCAGUUUUGGUGUUCACCCUCAGGCCACAAGACUGACCAGUGCAAGGUCUGUUAUAGCUAGCCAGUUGUUUAUUUUAUCCCAUACUGCCCUCUAAAACAACACUGCGAAAAAUGGACCUAAGGUCUCAAAAAAUGAAGUAUAAAUUUAGAAAACCGUUAGUAGAGAGAAUCUGUGUACUAAAACAGUUUUAACAAUUAGCAUUUAUAUCGUAGCAGUGUGGCAAUUUGUGCAAUAAUAUGAUGACCGUAUCAUAUUUUUUUAAGCCAAAUCAAAAUAACUUAACAUUAAGUACCAUGAGGAUAGACUCUGUCUAUAAAGAAAACAUCUUACGCCAGCCUAUGCUGGUUUGCUGGGAGGCCUGCAAGUAAUCUAGCCAGACUAGCUGAAGACUAUCUUAAUAACCUUUUCACACCAACAUGAAUGUACGGCAGAGAAAUUCGAUCCAUUUUUGAUUUGAUUUGUCUGUUCAUAUCAAUGCCAAAAAAAGAAGAAAGACUGAAUGGAAAAUGAAACUUCAUUCUAUAACAGUAGGUGGCGCUUACAGACAAUGAGAUUUAUAGCAGCAACUCAGGGCAUGUGACCAAAUUGUAUUGGUUGGCCAGUUUUCUUGAUAAUGCAAUCUAAUCAAAAAAGAGAUCUUUAUAAAAAAUUUUAUCCAUGUAAAUGUCUCAAUAAGAACAGGACCAUUAAUAGCUUUCAAAUUCAUUGACACUGAAAUGUAUAAAAGACUGAAUUUUCGCACUAAACAUUCGUCUUGGUGUGAACAGGUCACAAGCUAGGACCGUCAAACCAGUUUAGGCUUGUUUUAAGUGUUUUAUCAGCAAGAUACGAUUUUAAUCAAUUUAUUUUAUUUUUUUUUACAUAAGGAUAUAAUGGUUAAGACAGUAAUUAAUUUGUUAACAUUUGUUAAUGCAUUAGAUGUCAACAGCUAACACUGAAAAUUGCUUGGUUCAAUUUCACAUAAAUUUAUUCUGUUGUUCAUUGUUAAUAUUCAUGUAUAUUUGAAUGAUCUUAAAUAAUCGAAUACAACCUAAACAAAUCCACCCUUUAUGCAUUAACUUAUGUUAACAAAUCAAAUAUUGUCAUGUUUUGUUACAGAACCAAUUUAAAAAAAAUAUUUGCUACAUAUUCCUGAGAAACAAAGUCUCUUCACUGUAGCUCAAAGCAUCUCCAUUCAGAGGCGGGCUGAAAUCGAUCCAGCGCUGGUAUUAACACUGAAUCCUCUGGUCCUCGUCUGUCACAACAAGCCACUGCAGUGGGGUUUGAUUUACUGCUGCAUGGACGGAGCCUAAAUUUAACUUCCUAUUUCAGGGAGUGAAACACUAUUCCUAAUUGCAGCAUGAAAACAUCAGCUCGCAAUUUCAGGUCGACAGUCAAGCGGGUGUGAAAGCGGCCCAGAUGAAUGCAGAGAAACGGAAGUUACUUACGGUUACCGUCAACAACAGUGACCUUGAGAUCCAAAAAGUGUGCUUUUUCAUUUUCUAGCCCUUCUGAGAAGGCCUGUGAAGAGUAUUUAAUUCCCGACAUGUAUCAGUAUUCAUAUACUCCAAGAGCCUUUUGUGCAUAUAUAUGAAUGUGUUUAAAGGUAUAACUUGAUAUAGUAUCAGAGAUUAGCUAAUGGGUCACAUGAUUGACUGUAGCCAUCAGGCAGAUGUGCCUGAUAUAGAUCAACAUGCAGUGAUCAUCAGAUGCUUUCACAGUGUGCCAUAGGGCACAAAGAUCUGUGUUGGAACUAUAUAUAUAUAUAUAUAUAUAUAUAUAUAUAUAUAUAUAUAUAUAUAUAUAUAUUUUCACCAAUACAGAACUGGGUUUAGACUGAUCUAAAGUUCAGGUGUCGACUUUGGAAACUGAGCUCUUACUAGGGUUAGCAGGUUAACGUUCCCUUUAAAGAACACUGAACCGCAGAAGAUACGCCAGUGUCCUAAAAAUGCUAAUCUCUCCUUAUGACCACAGAGCAGACGCUCACCUUCAGCCAACAAGUCGGUUUAUCAUAGAAGUUAAUGGUGGAUUUGGCUAUAAGAGCCCCAUUGUUCCUGUGGUCAUCGGACAGAUGGUUUAUCCUGUGUGACAGUCUGGUGUUUAAAGAACGGCGGUUUGGUUACAAGUGCAUGUUUACAACUACUUUUCAUUUUACAGUUUAGAAUGAUUUUAAACAGUCAUGUAUAUAUAGAUAUUGUUUAUAUUUUCUCUAAAGUUUAACCACCGCAUGCCUGCUGAAACAAAGAAGACAAAGACGUCUGCUUGAAGAGAGACCACGCUGAUUGUUGCUACUUUAUUAGUUUCACAUGAUUAUAUUUUUGGAUCCUACCCAGGCCCCUUGUAUCUACCCACUGUGCUUUUCCUCAAUCCGCUAGUAGCAUGUUCAUUGUACAAGUACCUCUGUGGAUGUUCUCCGUUCUGUUUUGUAUUUUGUAAACUGAGGUUUGGCACCAGUGUAUGCCAAUCGAUGGGCGACUGAGGAAUGUCACGUUUGGUAAAUGUCAUUUCUAAAUCAUACUGAUGUCACCUUCUGUUUAAUUUCUGUGAAUAACUGAUAGCCUUAACUUGCCAAUACGAAAUAGCAUUUUGCCUGGAGCAAAGUCUUUUGCAAUACAAGUCACUGAAAAAAAAUCAACCAAACGAUGGAACAAAAUAGAGGGUGAAAAAACGAGAGGUCAACAUCUGUUUUGCCGUGUUGCAAUAACUCAUUUUUGUUAGUGUCAUCAUGCCGGCCUGUGCGCUCUCAGAGAAGAGUGGUGAUAGAGCGAUGUCCUGCACUUCACAAAUGAUGUGCUCCAUGAUGUCUCUGACACCACAUAUGUCUUCAUUUGUGGACUGGACAGCUUUUAUCUAUUAUUUGUAGCUGUCCUAAAACUGUGAUUGCUCAAUCUGCCCAUCCAUGUUUCUUUUCUCUUAACAAUAAUACUUUUAAAAUAAUCAUUUUUACCUGUCAAACCGUGCUGCCACUUGCAGCGUUGUGCUUUCUUCAGAAUUGAAUUUUAAAUUCAAAUUCAAAUUCUAAAUUUGAAAAAAAGAUGAAUGGUAAUUCAAAGCAGUUCAUGUGUCACUAAAUAAAGCUGCAGUCUGAUAAUGUUUUGCCAAAAAGUCUCAAAUAUUAAUGGUUUGUUGGCCUUAUAGAGAACGGUGGAUGGAUAGAAAACCUUUUUUUUCCAGGAUGCAUUCCCUGUUGAAUUACAAUUCAAUAAAUUCCUCUUCCCGACAUUCUGAUUUCAAAUCAAUUAGGGUGUUUGAAUGUUUAUUCAAAUUCAAACUUAUGAAUGGGAAGGAAUACGGUUUUGUUCAGUUCUGAAUUUUGCACAACCCUGGCAUCUUGAGACAAAACCAGGAAAGAUUUUUAAGGACGGUGAACCAGAAUCCUGGACUUAAAUCUGAAGAGACAAUGCGGCUUAUCUCGGUGUAGCUCUAUUCUUAGCUGAGACAGAUGAGCGGUAUUGAGCACCACUGAUGCAGUAGAGCCCAUAUCAACCCUGAAUGUGAUGUUCUACAUGUGUGCUAAACUCACUGUCUUAUUCCUGCCUUAGGGUUAGUGUGGUUUGUAGCAGUCCAUCUGUGUGGUAGGCAACAAGGUUCAAGGACAGGAGUCCUACAGACUGAGAUGGGGUUAAAGGGUGAAUCGUGCCCUUGAAAGACCCACUUAGACUCUGUUACUCUGGUUCUUGUAAGCUGUUGGCAUCCAUGUUAAUGGACAAAAGAGUUUAUUGAAUAAACGGAGAGACUGAAGCUUUGCGUCUGGUGUGGGUCAUUGGGUGGCUCGGCCAGGGUACUUACUCGCAUCCUGCAAAGAUGCCCGACACAAUCCUCUACUUAACGUGAUUGAAUUUCAGUUCACGUAGUAAAUCACAGAUUUCAGUGCUCCUGGGGAAAUAAUGUGAGCUUUUAGCAUGGUACUUAAGAUCCGCACAGCUCAGUAGAUAUUAGCACACUUUAACACUUCCAUCUGUCAGACAACACCUUCAGUCAUGAUUGCACCUGUACAGACUUGCACACUUGAGUUUCAAUCAUACCGUGAUGCUACUGAAAGACAUUGGCAGAUUUUCUAAUUCAGUCUUUCACAAGUAAUGGGUGUGUUAUUCUCCUAUUAUGCUGACCCUGCACACUGAAGUGAGAAUCUGUAAUGAAUGCUGACUAGAUUAUGUGGCAUAUCAGAAAAUUUUACCUUUAGGGGUAAAACUGGGGAAGUAUGCUCGAAGGGUACUAAUAUUCACCCUUUAAGUUUUGAUUUUUGGUACGAAGGUGUUCCCAGUUACAAGCUGUUAUUGUAGUGUAACCAAACAGUUCAUAAAAGAAAUGAUCCAGAUUCACUACAAGUUAAGUUCAACAUCAUUACACACGUUAAAGAAUAAAAUAAAGAUUCCAAAAUUGGGGUUUCACAGCAGAGAUUUUGUGUAAACUUUGUCAACCUUUAAUUGUCUUGGAAAAAGUAAUGUGCUUUUAUAAAAUUAACUUCACAUUCCUGCUUAAAUUCUCAAAUAAAUGGCUCCAUUUGCUUCCAUUGUAUGAGUGCUUCACAGAUUUAGCCUUUUUUAAAGCCCGUAGUCCAUAGUUUUUUUUCAGUUUUUUUUUUCAUUAAAGUCAUGCCACAGAUGCUGCCAUUUGAGCUCAACGUUUACCCUGAAAAUUCUUUUAAAUACUCUCUUCACUAGCAGUGUGUCAUACAGUUAAACACUCAAUAUCAGUGUGAAAAUAAGUAGCUUCCCGAUAAUUCAAGUGCACCAUCACUGUACUUGCAGUGUCAUUUACAGUAGACGGUAUGAGUGUUUGUUUUCGUCAGGCAGCCCUGUGGCCUCUGCGCUUGUAAAUACAGCCGUGUUAGAAGAAAAAUGCAGAUGACACAACAAGAAGCUGUGAGCUGGGGCAAAGCCUACGCGUCUUGGGUGUGCAGAGAUAAUAUAGCAGGAAUUAUCUCUCCAUGAACUAUUAAUAGUCAUCAAGUCCCAUCAUGUCUCUCUUUGGGAGAGCACCAGUGGCCCAGGGCUGUGUUAACCUUCAUUCCACUUCAUUAACUGUCUGUACCGAGCUGAUUUUACGCAGUUUUCAGGGUGUGUUCAGUAGUACACAGGUUGCGUAUAAUAACAAGGUUUAAAAGUUUUGAUUUUUCUCUUGUGUUACAAGUGUUAACGGCGUAGGAAUCUGAUUUGCUGCUCUGUCCGUCACCCCUCAUUUAACUCUAUUGUCAUGUGCGGUACAUCUCCUUCCACGGAUUAGCCCACAUUUCCAGAGAAGGGCAGGCUGCCAGAACUGUCACACUGACCCAGUCAUGGGCACAAAUAAGCCCUUCUCAUUAUCAGUGAGUGAUAGCGGAUCAUUUCAAUAUUUGUCCCAAAAAAAAUGAAAGGUAUCAAAGAGAUAUCAUGUGCCGCUGAUGCCUGUGUCAACACCGCUCUGGAUUUAGGAAGCAGAAUAAUGGAAAUAGAAUAUGCUCUUGGCCACCCCCUUCCCACCUCCCACCACAUUAGUGAAAGGUGCUAUAAAAAGGAGACCCUGACAGCUCUGCGGAGCUGAAAAGCCCAGCUUUAGCAGCGUCAAGCAGAAGAAACAAUGACACCAGUAACUGCAUACGGCACAUCUUGUUCAUGCUAUCAUUGUGCUCCUGUGAAAGUGGGCUCUGCUCGAAAGCCAGAAGGAUUUUAAAGAUUAUCCUCCUCACACUUGACGCUGAAUUUUUCUCUCCCUCUCUUUUUCACAGAAACAGCUUUGUUAAAUAUAGAUUCUAGGACAUCUGGCCUUGACCACAAUAAUACAUUGUAAAUCCCUUGCACAUCGCAAGACUGUGUAGCUUAUUGUGUAGCAGAUUAAAAAAUAGAUAUUGUAUUAAUUAAUACUUAAUUAAUGCCACAGGGAAUCUAUUGCGAACUAGUCCUCCCUUUCUGGUUGGAUUUUUAGUGUUCAUUACUCUCACGUUAUAAGCUGUGCGCGAAGUUUGUUUAGACAUAAAAAAAGAAGAUUGUUCGUUUACCUUCUUUCUUUGCGCGCAACUCAGCUUUGUUUAUAUUCUAAAUAAAUGCUAAUUAAUUAAACUGUCAUGCAACUUAUGUGUUUUGCUGGCAAUUCUACUUCUGGCUCUCUGGCCCUUUAAGAGCCUCUGGAAACGUGCGGGGAAAAAUCUUGAAAGUGAAUGAAACUCAGCCAUUCAUAAAAAUAGGACAGACGGGGCUUCGAUUGGUCGCUGAGCGCUUCAUACAUAUUCCGAGUCAUGCUCGCAAAUCAUUGGUUUAGAGACGUGAAUGACGUGCGCUCGGAGCCAAUGGGCUUCCAGAUUCAAAUGCUCUCGAGCCCAAGGGAAAACCGAGCAGUCCAUUUACAAAACCUCAUUCAAGUUUUGAGCGUCGGAGAGAGCGCAUCUAUUGAUCAGUCCGAGCGCACUGCAUCCUUUUGGGAUUAAAAUCUGAAACGUGUUUUUUUUCAAUCCACUGCGAGAGGCGCGUCAUCUAUACG